AUGAUAUUGGGUAUUGGAGUUGAUCUUUUACAUUUGCCUCGCCUGGCUAGUUUGGUGGCUAGAAGAGGUAGCGGUGGCCUGGCAAAAAGAAUCUUGAGCAAGAAUGAGCAUGAGAUGUUUACAAGAAAGUUUCCGACAUCUGAAUGUCGUGAUCAGGUUGUUCAAGAGCAACAGUUGAUUUGGUGCAUAAAAGAGGCGAUUUAUAAAGCCUUGUUCCCGGUUCAAAAGCUAGAGUGGAAACAAGUUACAGUAACAAAGCUCAAAGUUGAGGUUGAUAAUGCAAAGGCUUAUGGGAUCAAGGGUGUACAUGUCUCACUGUCGCAUGAUGGUGAUUAUGUGAUUGCUCAAAUUCUAUUGGAAGGAUAA